AUCAACAGCAGAGGGCAGCAGGGAGCUCCAGCAGCCGCAGCAUGAAGAAUCCGGAGGAGGAAGAUGGGGGAGGAAACAAAGAGGAGUGUUUGUAUUUAAAGGGUGUGUUCCUCGCCAUGGUUUGUAAGAGCGGUGGGAAGCUCCAGGAUUUGGUGUUUUAUGCUGAGAGCAGCGAGGAGCUGAAGGUCAAAGCAGGGUCACUGUGAGCGCUUUAUCCAGGUGUGUUGAGAUGCAGGGUGGCAACAGCAGCUUGACUCAGCAGCUCAGAGAAAGAUGGCUGACCUUAAUGAACCGCCUUCAAGAGGAUCCCAAGAUUGCGCAGGUGAUAAGUACAAAGGCUGGGCAGUACCUCCGCAGUCGGCCUUUCUUAGCUCUCGCCCUGCUGUUGUUCAGCGCCAUGGCUGCUCUACCUGUUGGGCUCUUCCUCUUUUUUGCCCUCAUUACGAUAGUUAUGUCAGUUGUGGGAUUUGUCUUCUUUGAGGUGUUUCUGCUGUUUGUUGGAGGAAUGACUCUGGUGUCUGUGCUCUCCGGCAUCGCCCUCUUCUCCCUGGUGGUCUCGGUCAUCGUUACCGGUGUGUUUGUCACCAUUCCCAACCUGCUGAAGCGUUCUUACCCUCAUGUGACAAAGAGGAAGGAGAGAGAAGAAGAGACUCCAGGACUGAAGCAGCAGUAGGGAAAUGACGCCGUCUUCUCUCUGACUGGAGUUUUGACGCCGCUCAACAGAAGAUGGUCAGGAUCUGAGCCGCUAAGCUCAAAACCUCUGCCAACAUCGCUUCUUUAUGAACAUCAAGUGUCCUUGCUGCUUUCAGUGACAGGAGUGUGAAGUUUUAUCUGUUUACAGUGCAAUACGUGUGAGUUUUUAUAGUGCUCACUUCUCCAGUUUGGGCUUAAGAACUGAUCUCUGUUGAACAGGUCAAAUCUUCACCCUGUUUCAGGACAGUGAUGCAGCUACAGCCGCACAUUUUGUCCAAAUCUGUUCUAGGUCCAUUUUUAGUUACAAAAACUAUGCAUAAUAUUUAUAUAAUUUGUUAAAUAAUAAUAUUACACAGUGAAAAGCGUAUCAGAUCACUAGUCUCCUUUUUUUAAGGACAUAAAGCUGUUUUAUUAGAUUUCUAGAAAUCUAAUAUUCCUUAUUCUUACAAAAAAAUCCUAGGGGCAAAUGUUGUGGUACUAAGAGCUGAGACCACACUUAAACUAAUCGGAGCAUUAAACAUUUAGUCAUCCUCAUGUUAACUGAUGUUUGAUGCUUUCUGGCCUGGAGGAGGAGAGAUUGUAACCCAGAUUUUAUUUUUCAUGUGCCCUCUCCUGUCAAAAUGUCUACAUUUAUGUUAAGAAUUGUUUCAGGUUUUUUGUUUGGUAUUUGUUUGUUUGUAUUUUGCAUCAUAUUUAUCAUCCGAGUUUUAAUUUUGCUCUCAAUGCAUUAAUACUAACACAUCAGUCAAUGAAGUAAAAGCAUUUUUAUUUUGCAUUCUUUCAUUCAUAAUUACAUAGGAUUUAAAAUAAAAUGCAUAUGUGGAAAAACUACUUUCUGACAAUAACAGCUCAGUUUUAGAAGGAAUGUGUUUAUUGUAGUGCUUCAGGGAACCAAAACACAUAAUGCUGAUGAUUAAAGGGUUAGUUUUUUCUUAUCGUAUCAUUUGUACUUGAAGUGUGACCAAAGUAUCAAACAUUUGAUCAUGUGAAUGAACAUUUGAACACUGACGAAAAAAAAUAUUCGCCAAUUUCAAUCUCUAUUAACAAGUUCAUUGUAUUCUGUGUUCCUCAUUUAGAUUAUUAUCAUGAACUUCAGACUAAGCUGCUUUUUCUAAAGGUUUGUUCUAAAACUCUGGUUGUCAUGUUUUGAAGUACAGUUUUGUAAAAUCUGUUAAGACAUUUUGUGCAUAACUAACAUAUUUUGCUUUCUUUCUUCAUUUGAGUUUUCCACGUAUUGGAAAGAAAUAAAUGGAUUUUGUUUAAAACUUUC